GCAGAGCGUCGCAUGCAUUGCUGAUAAAAAACAACAACUACAACAACCGUUACGAUGUCAGCCAGUUUGGCCGUAUUCUAAUGUUGAUUUUAACGAGAACAAAGCAGCUAACUAAAAUCAGCUGUGUGAACUAUUUUAAAAAUAUAUUUCACAGAUAAUUUCUUUUACUGGCCCUGGCUUGCACUUGUUGGGUUAAUUUAUAAGGUGUUUUGCGCGGUCGAGACCCAAUAUUAAACCGCCAUAAAUGUUUUUACCCAGAUAAAAAGCAAAAAGCGCCCAUAAAUACAAACAAAUCAAGCAAAACGUCGCGACGAAGCAGAAGAAAGUCCACAACUGCGCCGAGCAUGGAGCGCGAGUGUGACAUAGUCGUAGAGACGAAAAGUGGGCCCGUUGUGGGCAAACAGUGUACGAGUAUUUAUGGUGAUGAUUACGUCAGCUUCGAGUGCAUACCCUAUGCUCGGCCGCCGCUCGGAAACCUGCGUUUUAAGGCACCGUUGCCAGUGGUGCCGUGGAAGCAGCCGCUGAUCUGCCGGCAGAAGGGCGAGAAACCGCUGCAGUUUAAUCAGUACAGCCGGCAGCUGGAGGGUGUCGAGAAUUGCCUGUACCUCAAUGUAUAUACGAAGUCUAUUCAAUCGGAUGAGCCGUUGCCGUUGAUUGUUUUCUUCUUUGGCGGUGGCUUUGAGAAGGGCGAUCCUACCAGGGACCUGCACAGUCCCGACUAUUUCAUGAUGCGCGAUGUGGUUGUGGUCACCAUUUCGUAUCGUGUGGGCCCACUUGGCUUUCUCAGCCUCAACGAUCCCGGUGCGGAUGUGCCCGGCAAUGCGGGCUUAAAGGAUCAGUUUAUGGGUCUAAAGUGGAUCACAGACAAUGCGCUCAGUUUUAAUGCGGAUGCAAACAAUGUGACAGCAUUUGGCGAAAGCGCUGGCGCUGCCUCUGUGCACUAUCUAAUGUUGAAUCCACGAGCCGAGGGCCUCUUUCACAAAGCCAUCAUGCAGUCGGGCAACGUGCUGUGCUCCUGGGCACAGUGCUCGGUGCCAAAUUUAGCACGACGUCUCGCCGAGAAUUUAGGCAUGAAGAAAGUGGACCAGGCUUCAGAUUUCAAAGUCGUGGAGUUUCUACAGAGUGUGCCUGGCGAUACGCUGGUGAAGCCGUAUCUCUUGAGCGAGGCUGAAAAUUUGGACGAUUGUGUCUUUCAGUUUGGGCCCGUCGUGGAGCCAUAUGCCACUGAUCACUGUGCGAUACGCAAGUCGCCCGUCGAGCUGCUCGCUGGUGCUUGGGGCAAUAAAAUACCGUUGUUGAUGAGCGGCACCUCGUUCGAGGGCUUGCUGAUGUACGGGCGCGUGCAUAUGGCGCCGUAUUUGCUGACCAGUCUCAAGAGCCAGCCGGAGCAUUUGCUACCGCUGGAGCUGAAGCGUACGCUGCCGAAAACGCUCGCCCGCACGUUAGGCAAGCGUAUACAGUUUAUGCACUUUCGAGAUAAGCCGCUGGAGCUGCUGCCGGACACCGUGGAAUCGUACUGUGAGUACGCCAGCUACAAGGUCUUUUGGCAUCCCAUUAUGCGUACUAUAAAGUCACGCAUAGAAUGCGCCCCGGCACCCACAUAUCUCUAUCGGUUCGAUUUCGAUUCCGACACAUUCAAUCAUCAGCGUCUGAAGUAUUGCGGCGACAAGCUGCGUGGCGUGGCCCAUGUUGACGAUCAUUCAUACAUUUGGUAUGGCGACUUCUCCUGGAAACUGGACAAGCACACAGCCGAGUUCCAAACUAUCGAGCGAAUGAUCGACAUCUUGACCACCUUUGCCAGUACUUCAAACCCCAAUUGCGAGAGCGUCGAGUCCGGCACAAACAAGUGCACAUGGGCGCCAUUAAGUCAAAAGAAUAUGAAGUGCUUGAAUAUUGCGAAGAAUCUGAAAAUCAUUGAACUGCCCGAGUUGGCGAAGUUGCGGGUGUGGGAUACCGUCUAUCAGACGAAAGCCAAAUAACUAUCAACUUAAUUCCACUUUCAGAGUCAUUAAAUUGUCAGUAUAUUGAAAUUUUCAAUACUUUAUAAACUGUGUCUAAACAUUGAUUGUUUGUCUAGUCAAGUGCAAAUGUUAUGCAAGCAGUUAGUUAAGGUUAGCUCAGUGACUUUGGUUAAAGUUUAAGUUGUUGUCAAUCAUUUUUAAAGCCAACAAUGGUUUUGUGAACGCUGUAGACUUUGUAUUAUUUAUACACACAUAUUUAAUUUCUUCUUUUCUUUUGUAACAUAAAAUCAAUUU